AUGAGCAAGACCCACCCUCCCGAACUGAAGAAAUUUAUGGACAAGAAGUUGUCAUUGAAGUUAAAUGGUGGCAGACAUGUACAAGGAAUUCUUCAGGGCUUUGAUCCCUUUAUGGAUCUUGUGAUUGAUGAGUGGAGAUGGCCACUAGGGCAACAGAAUAACACCGGCAUGGUGGUCAUACGAGGAAACAGCAUCCUCGUGUUAGGAGCCUUGGAAAUAGUCUAAACAAUGACUGCUUAGCAGAGGAGUUCACAUCCUUCCCCAAAGGACUGUUUGACUGGGCUGUAGAAUUGGGUCAUGUACAUUUUCAUAACAAACUUCUGUGAUACUCGGAGUGCAAAUAGAUAUAUACUUUCAGCAAUGGGCUCAGUACUCAAGAGACUUAAAAUAAAAAUGAUAUGGGGUUUGCCUGAAA